CAAAUAAACCUAAAGAGAAAAAACCAACACAAGAAUGGCAGAGAACUUUCCCAUUGUUGACAUGUCAAAGCUUAACACCGAAGAGAGAGCAUCAGCCAUGGAGAUGAUCAAAGAUGCUUGUGAGAACUGGGGUUUCUUUGAGUUGAUAAAUCACCCAAUAUCCAUUGAGUUGAUGGACAAAGUGGAGAAGCUCACAAAAGAACACUACAAAAAGUGUAUGGAGCUGAGGUUCAAAGAAAUGGUGGCAAGCAAAGGCUUGGAGUCUGCUCAAUCUGAAAUCAAUGACUUAGAUUGGGAAAGCACUUUCUUCUUGCGCCAUCUUCCUACCUCCAACAUUUCUGAGAUCCCUGAUCUUCCACAACAUUAUAGAGAAGCAAUGAAGGAGUUUGCAAAGGAACUAGAGAAACUGGCAGAGCUGCUUCUUGAUUUGUUGUGUGAGAAUCUUGGGCUUGAGAAAGGGUACCUGAAGAAGGUGUUCCAUGGGUCAAAGGGCCCAAACUUUGGGACAAAAGUUAGUAACUACCCUCCAUGCCCAAAGCCCGAGCUUAUAAAGGGCCUUAGAGCCCACACAGAUGCUGGGGGCAUCAUCCUUCUCUUCCAAGAUGACAAAGUCAGUGGUCUUCAGCUUCUCAAAGAUGACAAAUGGAUUGAUGUCCCACCCAUGCGCCACUCCAUUGUCAUCAACCUUGGAGAUCAACUUGAGGUGAUAACAAAUGGGAAGUACAAGAGUGUGAUGCACCGAGUGAUAGCUCAAACAGAUGGAACAAGAAUGUCAUUAGCAUCAUUCUACAAUCCAGGGAAUGAUGCUUUGAUUUCUCCAGCACCUGCUUUGGUGAAGGAAUUAGAUGAGACAAGCCAAGUUUACCCAAAAUUUGUUUUUGAUGAUUACAUGAAGCUCUAUGUUGGUCUCAAGUUCCAAGCUAAGGAGCCUAGGUUUGAAGCCAUGAAGGCCAUGGAAGCAUCAUCCAACCUUAGCUUGGGCCCCAUUGCAACUGUCUGAAGCAAUAUGGAUUAUCAAAGCAUUUAAUUAUUGUGUGUGUUUAAUUAUGUGGAUAAUUAAACUGAUGAGGCCUCUAAGUUUAAUCACUGAUUAGUGUCUGGAAUGUUAUAAACAAUAUCAUAGUUUGAAACAAAAAAAAAAAAAGUGUUAGCUUAAGCUUAAAGUUUGUGAGUGUGAUCAGUGAUGUUUAUUGUUUGCGGUAUUAGUGAUGAUGCAAUCUUUUUACUUAGUAAUGAUAUAAUAAUAAGGUGAAUUAUUAUUGUUCAUUUACAAUGAA